GUGAUUUGACAAUUUAUGAAAUUUAAGGCCGCACAGGCAGAAUAGCUAAGUUAAUUAAGUAAAUAAUUCAGUUCAAUUGAUUGAAGUAUCUCUAUCUUGAAAAGACUAUUUGCAGUGAAAGCUAAUUAAGUAAUACGACUGCAAAAUGUCAAAUAUAAACUUACAAUGUCUCUUAGGAAUACAGUGCAACGACUUUGUUAUGAUAGCAGCCGAUCAGAGCAACAGCCACAGCAUUAUGAUCAUGAAAGACGAUGAAGAAAAGAUCUAUAAGAUAUCUGAUAGAUUAGUAAUGGGUGUCAUUGGUGACUCAGGAGACACAAAUCAAUUUGCUGAAUAUAUUGCAAAAAAUAUUCAGUUGUAUAAAAUGCGUAAUGGGUAUGAAUUGGGGCCCUCAGCUGCAGCCAGUUUCACACGUCGUAAUCUCGCAGAGUAUCUUAGGAGCAGUACUCCCUACUUUGUAAAUGUGCUCAUGGGUGGUUAUGAUAAAGAAAAUGGACCUGAACUGUAUUUUAUGGACUAUUUAGCAUCAAGCGUGAAGGUACCAUUUGCAGCUCAUGGUUAUGGUGGAUAUCUAAGUUUGAGUAUUAUGGAUCGUUACCAUAAAAAAGAUGCUACAGAAACAGAGGCAUAUGACAUCCUUAAGAAGUGUGUUCAAGAAGUUCACAAAAGAUUGUUUGUUAGUCUCCCCAAUUUCCAAGUGACUGUUGUAAACCGUGAUGGGAUUAAAGUGCUGCCCACCAUUAAUUCUGCAUCUCUUCAAUAAUUUUCACUUUUUUGUAUGGAAAAUAAACUUUUAAAUGAAUAAAUUUUAUGAGUAAGAUGA